GAGCAUUCAGGAUCAUAUCGAGAACCCUGAGUCUAUGCAUCAGGGCAAUAAGAAGCCCUAUGGAAGUGACAGAAGUAGUGCAAUGCCUUACAAAGCAUCUGCCUUCCCUGAUGCUCACCCUGAUUCAUUUUUUGAAGCGCCUCCAGUUCCUUUAUUCUUUGACUUUCUCAGAAUCUGUGUAUCCUUCUGUUCAUACACCUAUUUAAUUAUAUUUAAUAGCCAUUUUAUAAUACUUUCCCAAACACCGUGCUAUGUAUUCUAGAUCACCUCCUGAAUACGUCCUCUUUCAUUUAACGUGUUCUGGCACUUAAAAUUUUCAGGCUCUCUGUUGUCCCUCUUGGACUUACAACUAGCUGAAAAAUCAGCCAAGUUUCAUAGUCUGUUUCAUUUUUUUUAAUGAUAAUCAUAUUUUAAAAUAUUGGAUAUGAAUCCUAGGUCAGAUGAGAGAAUCACUACAUGACAUGUCAUUUUCAGUAAUCUAAUCGUUAUUUUUUCCCCUUCCUGUAAAAAUGAAUUUAGUUCAAUGAUGGGUGACAAAUAGAGACAGCAACCAAAAUUGUUAACAUUUUAAGAGAGCUGCCACAGUUGCAUUUAAUACACCACUGGAGAGAUCCUGACCUCGGGUACAGAUCUUAAUGUACAAGAAUUCAUAUUUUAAAAGUUUUCUGUCGGAAAUUUGGCUUCACAAACCACCAGAGCCAAACUGCAGAAGCUAACCUUAUUCCAUGAUUUCCCUGAUUUGUAGCCUUUUCAUUCAGUUUCUUGUCAAGUUUAUUGUACAGAUUACUCAUCCGCCCUCAUCCCAUUAUGUGAAUGGAGACAAGUUUAGCAAUGUACACAUUUUCUACGCUAUCAGGAAUUUCAUGUUUCAUGAAGUGGGAUUCUUUGCAUCUUUCACAGAAAUAAACUGUGUCUGCAGAGUGAACUGAACAUAACAAUAUUUUGAGAUAUUUCAAAUUCUGGGUCAGACUGGAAAAGGAGGGGGAAAAUAGAAGUGGUGUGUAAUCCUAAAAUUGAAAGAGUGGGUUUGCGGAGGCUUUGAAUUGGUGAAUGAAGAAUAGAACAAAUAGUUUAGGGAGAGUAUUCCAGAGUUUAUAACUGAAAAUUUACCAGUGAUAGUAGGGGAGGGGGUGAGAAUUUUUGUUACUUUGAUUUUUAACCUUGAUUUUGUUUUAAUUCUGAAAAUCAGUCAAAUGUCAUACCUAAAAGGCCAGGAACCAAUUUUUAUACAAGUCUGCCACCUACUGUUUGAUUGAGGUACCAAUUCAGCACUGUCGGUGGUUACAUCCAUUCCAGCCUUUAAUAAAGAUUAUUUUGGUUGCUGCGAUGAACAAUCCUACUUAGAAAAAUUAUUAGGUGAAACAGAUAUAAAGUACAGAUAUCCUAGCUAAAAUCAAUAACUAUAUAAGCAUUUUAAAUGCCAGAUUGGCUAACAAAUAUGAUAAAUUUGAGUUCACUGGGUCUUUUUGCAUUUGUAGCCUUUUCUACAUGUAUGCACAGAAAAAUGCUAUUUUCCACUGAGAGAAAUACAAACAGUAGUGCAACUGUAAUGGGUUAGAUGCUGCAGUCCCGUACUUGCAAGCACAGUGUAACAGCAGCAUCAAAAAAAGUUUACUCAAAAACUAAAGAGCAACUCUCUUCCAGCUGGCUUAUUCAUGUCGGCCAUUCAGCUAUUUGGUGGACAUAGCAAUCUAGCAUUCUACGGUCUAAACUUUACUACAGUUCAGUAGACAGCUUAAAUAUUUAACACGAGUAAACAGACAUGGGCUAAAUAAUCCCAUUUAGUUAUUAAUAUCUUGCUACCACCAGUAUAUGUAUAUAGACCAUGAGGAGUUAAUAAUGGCAAGGGGAGGGACAUAGUUGUUGCCCAGACUCUGAAAUUAUGGUUGGUCAACUCUUGCAACUGCCCAAAAGCAAAUGCUGCCAACUGGCACGUUCUCAGCUGCAGUAGCACAUGCUAAAGGACGCACUGAUAUUCAAUGCUGCUACCAUAAAGACUUUGUGGGAAAGAUCACAGUCUAGGGUCCUGCUAGUGCUGAACACAGAGGGGUGAUGCCCUGUGUAAAAGCCUCUCAAAUGCUUUACUGAUGCAUUGUUUAAGGAGGAAACGUGAGUGGUGUUAAUGCAUUGUAAGGGAACGUACUGAAUUGCUGGAAUAAUAUAUGUCCUGGUUGUAUUUGUUGUGUAUCUUAUAAAUAAAGUACAUUUGUGGGGGAAAAAAAUCUGCCCAAACACAUUCAUGCACAGGCACCCAAGAGUAAGGAGUAUAUGGAGUAAGCUGCCAGAGGAAAUAGUUGAGGCAAGUACAAUAACUGUUAAAAGACAGUUGGACAGAUAUGUGAAUAUAAAAGGUUUAGAAGGAUGUGGGCCAAACAUGAGCAAAUGGGACUAGCUUGGAUGGGAAUCUUGGUCAGCAUGGACCAGUUGGGCCAAAUGGCCUGUUUCCUUCCUGUAUGACUCCAAGUUAAAAAACAUACUUUGUGAGCAGAAAUUCUGCACUGACAAUUUUAGGUGAUCGUGGAAAUAUUCAGCAGAUCAAGCUGCACCUGUGACCAGUGAAAAAUAGUAAACGUUUCAGGUCAAUGACAUUUUGAGUUGCAAUAGGCACAUCGGGGAGGAAAUGCAAAAAGAACUUUUAGAAAAAUGAGAAAGAAGCUGGGGCUCUGGGCUUUUAUCAAUUAUCCUAAUAAGACGAGGCGGGGUUUUAGUGACUCUGCUUAGCCGGGCUCAGUAAACGUUUCAUAUUCUCACAUUAGGCGGAGCCUGCCCUUUGCACCGGGUGACACCAUCUCCAGAGCCCAUCGCAUAUCCAAUUCCUCCGCCCAUCCGCCGCAUUGGGACGGACCGUUGCAGCCACCGUCGCCGCUGACGACCCGAGAGGGGAGGGGAGGUGAGGUGAAGUAGGCCCGACCCGACCGCUGCACCGGUCUCCGGCCCAGGCCCGGCCGCUGCACUUGGGACCAGGCCCAGGCCCGGCCGCUGCACCGGUCUCCGCCCCAGGCCCAGGCCCGGCCGCUACACGGGCCCAGGGUCCAGCCCCGGGGACCGCACUAUGUCUUCACGGAGCCUGCGGAAGCUGCGCGGGGAGCGGGUACAGGAACCGCUGAGUCUCCCUGUGGAGCGGGGGGAGGAGGACGAGGAGCUGCCGCUGGAGCACGUCCCUCUCCGCAAACAGCGGAGGAAAAAGAGACAGAAAGCGGCGGCUGGCGAGCUGUACCGAGCGCUCAGUGAAAUUGAUGUUGAGAAUGAUGAAGCUUUUGAGGAACAUCCAACAGAAGAACCAAAUAAUAUAAACUUGACACUCAAGGACUCUGUGACUGAGGAAGAGGAUCAAACUGAAGCCACACAGAAUGCAGAAAAUGAAGAACUAGAAAAGAAAAACGAUGAAUUAGAAAAUCAGCUUGAUACUUUGCAGACAAAUUCGAGUAACAAACCGAAACGGAAAAAAAAGAAAAAGAAAAACCGGAACAAUACUGCUGAUGUCCAGGAAAGCGCUACUGAUGACAUUGAUAGCAUUCUGCAAGAAAUUCAGGGGCCUAAUGGUUUUCAUUACCAAACUCGCAGUCUUAGUGCAGAAGCAAGACCAUUGUUGUAUGUUGAACAUAGGAAUCUGAAUCCAGAGACUGAAUUGAAGAGAUAUUUUGGGGCCCGAGCAGUGCUUGGAGAACAAAGAUUAAGGCAGCGACAUCGCCAACUGCACAGGAGUACGUGGCUCACUACACCGAAAGAUGGUUGGCCACGAUACACUAAAACAGGAAUUUCUAUGCAACUACUGGAGACAAAGGGAGGAGCCCAGUAUUUCACCUUUGAACAUAGCCGUGAUUAUCAACAGGCUCAAUUCAAGUUCUUGGAUGCAGUCAAUUCUAUGGAUCCAAAUAAUAUUUUGGCUCUGCUCCAUGCCAACCCGCACCAUAUUGAUUCAUUAUUGCAAUUAAGUGACAUAUGCCGGAUGCAAGAGGAUCAGGAAAUGGCACGUGACCUAAUUGAAAAAGCACUUUACUGUUUUGAAAGUGCAUUUCACCCCACAUUUAGCCUGACCAGUGGAAAUAGUCGAUUGGAUUAUCGACGAGCUGAAAAUAGGUCGUUCUUCCUCGCACUAUACAAGCAUAUGGUGUUUCUAGAGAAAAGGGGCUGCCCGCGCACAGCACUGGAGUUUUGUAAGCUUAUCCGGAGUCUGGACCCUGAGAGAGAUCCACUUUGUGCUCUGUUGAUGAUUGAUUUACUGGCAUUGCGAGCACGAGAGUAUGCUUUUCUGAUUCGGCUCCAUGAGGAAUGGGAGUUCCAUUUGAAUCUGUCUCAGCUUCCUAAUUUUGCAUUCUCUGUUCCACUGGCCUAUUAUCAUCUUAGUCAACGAGAAGAUCUUUCAGACAUCGAAUGCACUCAAAAGCUGGAACGAGCUAAGCAUCUGAUACAAAAAGCUCUUAUAGUGUUUCCAAGUGUACUGAUGCCAUUACUGGAUAAGUGUGGUGUACAGGCAGACCAGGCUGUGCUAUCCCAUAAGUUUUUUGGAUUUGAAGUACAAACAAGGCAGCCAAGUGCACUGAAGCAGUUAGUAGCGCUAUUUGUUGGAAGAAAUUGGAUGCUCUGGAAAGAUGCAGGAAUCAUGACGUGGCUGGAAGAGAAUGUGAAGGAAGUUUUAAGAAGAGUAGAUGCAAAAGACCCACUUGUACAAGAGUCUGAGAACAAGAGAAGGAUUAGAUACCAGAAUGUACCCAGGAACAUCUAUCGUCACAUUAUUCUAUCUGAAAUAAAGGAGGCUAUUGCAACUCUUCCACCUGAAGUAACUGCUCAACCAGUGAUGGGUUAUGAUCCACUUCCUCCAUUAGACGGCAUCAUCACAUAUACUAGACCUGAAAGGGUAAAUCAAGCAGCAGAUGGAAAUGCUUUGUCCCUGUUCUUUCGAUCUUUGUUGCCAAAUUUUAAUCUUCAGGAGGACAGAAGACAGCAAGUGGAAGGUGAGGGUGCAGAAGUCCAACAUGAACUGAAUCAGGGAGUAAAUCGCCUCAUGGCUGCAAUGAGGGAUAUGUUGGCAAAUAUCCGCUUUCAGGAACCACCACAGGAGGAAUAUCAGGAUGGUGAUGGAGAAUGGGACUGAAAUUCCAUGUGUUAAAUCUUCAAUGAACUUUAACUUGCAAUGGUAACAACGGCACAUUCUAUGACCGCUAACAAAGAUCCACCACAGUUGAUGUAGAUACUCUUAUUAAAAGAUGAAGCAACUAUAUUUAGUUCUAUGGAAUAUUAUUGAUAGUACUUAUAAGUGCUAACACUAUGUUCAGUAUCAGUAAUUUUCCAAAAGAAUAGGGAAAAAGAAAAAUACAUAGCAACUUUAAAAAAAAAUGACAAAAAUAGCUUUUUAGUUUAAAAAAAAUUAGUAAGAAAUCAAGGUUUUUAGAUGAUUUUCAUUGAGGAGAAUUCAUGGUAUUGCCUAAAACUUCAGGUGGUAGGAACAGUUGCUAUUUUUGUACUAAUUGCAGUCUUAAUAUGCACAUAGAAAUAAGUAAAAUUAAGCUGAUAGCACUUCUGUAAAUUUUAGACCGUAAAAUAAAAAAACAAAAUGCAGUUAAUAUAAGAGUUCAAUUGUGUGAGAGCAAUUCAGUUCAUGGCUUGGAUUUACAGAAAAGGCUAAUUGUCUGAUUUGCCUAAAUAUAUACUUAAACACUACCAUAUCCUGCAAAGGUAGUGCCACAUCUCCACCUGCAAGGUUUAGGAAGAAAACUGACUAGGUCUACUUCACCUAAGUUUGUAGAAUGGAUGUGAAUAGAUGGUAUGUGGGGCCAUAUUGGAGUUUGCAGUCAAAAUGAUAAAGGAAUACAUUUAAGAAGAUAAAUCUAUUGGUGCAAGACCAGGAAAAUUAGAAUUUAACAACCAAAUUUGAGGCUUCUUGGAUUGUUUUCACAAAUUCAGUCUACUGGGUUCAUAAAAUAUAUUCUAUAAUUAAAAUUGCACUUAAAGUACACUGUUUUAAAUAUGCACCUGCCUGUUGGGUAGUCUUUAAUUUGUAAAUGAGAGACCUUGAUUAUAUUCACACUGUUUGGUACCAAAAAGAAAAGUUGUCAGCGUAGAUAGCUCUAACUGAGUACUCCGCAAAAGAAAAUGAACCAGCAAUUAUUGAAUGAAUAAUUCAUUCUCUAUCAGAUUUAACUAUAUAUAAAUGGCUUUAUCACUUUGGAAAAUACUACAACUAUUUCGGAUAUUUCAAAAAUGAAACUUGUAAUUUCAUUUUCUAUGGGAAAUGAGAACCUGAAUAAGAGGGGACAUUCAAAUUUUUGUCUUGGCUUUCAUCUUCAGUGUUGGCUUGUUCAACAAAUUAGUUGCAUUAGCAUCAUGCAGUGUUUCACAUAACUUUUAUUCUCAUUGAUCCUAAAGUAUUUGAAUGCUACAGAAUUGAAAUGCAUGAGUAACACAGCAGAAUUUUUCUGUAUAUGUAUGAGAUUUUUUCCAAUUCCCAAAGCAGAAAGAGUAAUAUUCAAUUGGCAAAUGUACAUUUAUAAUUAAUUUGUGCAACUGGCAGUGACAUUGUUAAUAUUAAACAAGAAAAGCAUUUUGGCUGUCAGAUUUCCUCCAUUAUAUGUUACGGUGGAGGAAAUCUGACAGCAACUUCUAGAGUACAUGCACAAUUCAGUACAGAAAUAGCAGCAUAUUUAAUAACUUCCUGCUUCCCCCCCCCCCCUCAGGUCUGCUAUCUUGUAACCCUCCCCAGUGCAAGAUACAAAACACAGUGAAGUAAUGAUAAUUUCAGGUAUAAUGCCAUAGAGUUAUACAGCAUGGAAACAGGCCAUUUCAUCCACUGAAUCUGUGUUGAUCAUCAAGCAUUCAUUUACACUAAAUUUACACUAAUCCCAUUUUUCCCCCCUGCAUUUCCCAUCAACUCCCCUCAGAUUCUACACUCACAGGAACAAUUUACAGUGACCAAUUAGCCUACUGACCCACACAUGCCUUUGGGAUGUGGGAAACACCCAGAGGAAACCACGUAUUCAUAGGGAGAACGUGCAAACCCACAUACAGAUAGCACCAGAGAUCAGGAUUAAACUGGUGUCACUGGAACUGUGCCCAAAAUUAUUCUUGGUCUUUUCUCUGCAUUUUUUUCCUUGCGCAAGUUUUAACUGAAUAUUUCAUAACAUACCAAGGCAUAAUUACUGCUUUAAAACUGUAAUUUUAUAUUCUCAUUUCAUUACACCUUAAAAUCACAGUGAUCAUAUCACAGAAGGAGGCUGUUUGCUGCACUGAAUCCAUAUUAGCUCUGUAUGUGUAAUUUGACAGGCCCUACUCUCCAACCUUCUCCCCAUGGGUCUGCACUUUCUUUCCCGGCAAAUUCUUAUCCAGCUCCUUUUUCAACACCAAAGUUGAAUCUCGGUCCACUACCAUGACUGCAUUCCAGAUCUUAUCCAGUGGCUGUGUAAAAAGAAAUAAUUGUGUUGCAUCACUUUUAUUGUCCUUAAUUCAGUGUUGACCACAUUGUCAAUGGGAAUGUUUUCUCUCUGUGUAUAUGCUUCAUGAUUUUAAUUGACUUUAUUAGAUCCCUUUAUUCCAAGGAGAAUAACUCCAGCAUCCUGAGUCUAUCCAUGUUACUAAUGUCCCAUAACCCUGGAAUCAUUUUGUUAAAUAUUACCUGCAAUCUCUCUAAAAAGGCUUCACUUCUUUCUCAAAGAGUGACAGUCACAACAGGACAUUAAUUAGUUGUGCCUGAACUAGUGUGGGCUUCCUCUAAUUAAUCCACAUUUCACCAAGUGACUGCUAAAUUCUGCCCAUGAUUAUUGUUUCUAGAACAUACCCACCACUGAAGUUAAACUGACUGCUGUGCAGUUAUUGGGUUUAUCCCUAAACAGUUUUUUGAACAAGGGUAUAACAUUUUCAGUUUUCCAGCACUUGGACACCAUCCCUGAAUCUAUACAUACUUGGAGGUUUAUAUUCAGUGCUUCUGGAAUGUCCUUCUGUUACAUCUCUCAGCAACAUAGGAUGCAUCCUAUUGGACCAGGUGGUUUACCCACUUGUAAUGCAGCUAGCCUUUCUGAUACCUUCUCUUUAUGAAUUUUUAGCCCAUCCAUGAUCUUAGCACAUCUUACAUUGAUGAGACGCCGAAAGACUUUCCUUGGUAAAGACUGACGCAGGUUACCUAAGCUGUGCUCUCUGCCUGACUAAUAAUCUACACUCUACUUUUUAGUCUCUGAUCGUCUUUGCCACACUUCUUGCAACCUUUCUUUUCCUGUUUGUAUGCCUAUAGAAUAUUUCUGAUCCCCUUAUUUUGUUUGCUGCAGUUCUUUUCUCAUGCUUUCUCUUUGCCUUUAUUUCCUUAUUUUGCUUUUCUGAAUUGUCUGUAAACAACUUGGCUUUCACUCAUGUUGACAACCUGGCAUUUGUCAUUUGGCUUUUUUAUCUUGCUUUAUUUUAUUCUCAAUCAGUUUGAUCAUCCAGGGUCUUCUCGUUUUAAUGUCCCUACAUUUUUCCCUUGAAAGAAUAUAUCCAGACCAUAGCUGAAACGCCUCCAUCUUCAAAGGCCUGCAUAUGACAGUUUUACUUGCCAAGUUUUGAUUCCAAUUUACCUGGGCCAAUCCUUAUUGGCCCUUCUCCAAUUGACCAUUGGCAUUCAUGGGGGUGCUGGUUGUAUGAAAAUUGUUCCAAAAAAUUACUGUAAAUCACACAAUAUCUAUGCAUAAAUCUUAUCAUAUGUCAUCUCCUUAUCCUUCUAAAUAACAAUGUUUUACAUUGCAAUUCCACAUAAAAAUACAGCAAAUCAAAUGAAUGACUGUACUCACCAUCACAAGUGCCACAUCUUCAUAGGAUGUUUCUGCUAAUCAGCCUACAACUGUACAGCCCUUGUGUAUAAAUGUAAAUAAAUAAAAAAUGUCUUUUCACACUU